AAACGUCACCAGGAAAAACUUUAGUUUCGACUAUCUAAACAUCUACAUUUAUACAACUAGAAACCACCACUAGAGCAUGUUAAAGGACUUAUUUUUAACUUUUUAGGCAUAACAUUUACAGUAUGUUUAAGAACUUGGGGACCUGGCUCGGUUUAGAAAACGAAAAUGGCCAAGUUAAGGAAGAAACCGAGUCUAUUGUUGAUGCUGAUAAAGACGAGAGCAGUGGAGUAAACAAACCUACGGCUGAAAGUGAGCAGACCAGUGCUGCUGAGAAAGAUGAUCAACUUCUCCAAAAAGCUCAGGGCCUCAGUGGUUACAUUUAUAGUUUUGCCAGCAGUGCCUCAAAGAAACUGUCUGAAUCCGUCGUUGAAACAGCACAAAACUUGAAGAAAAGUGUGGAGGAGGGGAAGAUUAAUGGAAUUAUUGAUAAGACCAUUUUGGGUGAUUUCCAAAAAGAACAAGAAAGGUUUGUUCAGGAGCAAAAGGCCAAAAAGUCUGGUGCUGCUGUGCCACCAUGGGUAGGUUAUAAUGAAGAGGAAACCAUACAGCAACAGAUCUUAGCCCUCUCAGCUGACAAAAGAAAUUUUCUGCGAGAUCCUCCUGCUGGGGUGCAAUUUCACUUUGACUUUGAGCAAAUGUAUCCAGUCGCCAUGGUGAUGCUGGAGGAAGAUGAGCUCCUGAGGAAGAUGCGCUUCCAUCUGGUCCCCAAAGAGGUGAAAGAGGAAGUCUUCUGGAAGAAUUACUUCUACCGUGUGUCCUUGAUAAAGCAGUCAGCUCAGCUCACAGCUCUUGCAGCGCAGCAGGCUGCCGAGCGGAGGGACGAGGAGAAAACUGACUCCAGUCAUGAGGAUCCUCAUCAUAAGGAUGUAGUUAAACGGAAAACUCCCCCAGCCAUCCACAGAACCAAACCAAAGUCAGGGGAGGAUGAAGAGGAGAUCUCCACUAGUCCGCCCGUGUCUGAAUUUGUAAGCGAUGCCUUUGACUCAUGCAAGAUAAACGAGGCCGAUCUGCGCAAAGAAAUGGAACAGCUGGUUCUGGACAAGAGGGAACAUCCAGACACACAGGAGGAGGAGACUGCGGACUGGGAGCGAGAGCUGCAGGAGGAGCUUCAGGAGUACGACGUGUUGGCUGAUAAUGAGAACCGUGAUGACAACUGGGACAGAGAGAUUGAAGAGAUGCUGAAGGAGGACAGUUAGAGGAAUUACCUAGACUCCUACAACCUAAACUGUCUGAAGGACACCUUUAAGGUCAGAAACUGUGUCAUGAUUUAUUACGACACUGGACCUCAGUGAAUUACAGCUGAAUUUCAAUAACAUUUCAGCACAAGUUCUAUAGCCUGAAUAGUUUUUUACAGGUAAAUAGUGGAGAAGAAAUUGUUCUGCAUCUGAAGUUUAUAAUGUGAUACUGUGGGAAGCCUUAACAGAGGACUGAAAACAGGUAAAAGAUAACGGUAAAUGAUAGAAGUACUGUAAGGCUAAAGCGAAAGAGUCAAACUGAUUCUGCAAUAUUUGUAACACACCGAUAUCUGUGUAAAGUUUGUUAGCAUUAGCCACCAUAAGCUACUGGUCACAUCAGACCAAGUAAGGCAAAAGCAGCAAGCCAGCGUACAUGGAUGUAGGUUUAUUUGAAUAUUGAUGAGAUCACAAUAAGUGGGGCUCUGGAGUUCCUCCAUCAGGAAAUACGAGCAUGAAACAUGUAAUUUCCUGCAUUGUUGUUAAUUUUUAUGCACCAAUUUGUGCUCUUUCUUCUACAAUUUAUUGUGAAAAUGUCUUUAUUCAUGUAAAGAAACAGCAAAAGUAUUCAGUGGCUGACUGAACGUUUAUAUUUUUGUGAUUCUUCUCUGUGGAUGAUGAUAAAAUGUAGUCAUGGAAACAUGAUGGUCCAAAACAAGCACACUUCUUCCUAUUUACCUGCCGUAUUGUGUUCAUACUUAUAAAAACUGCAGCGUAUAUGUCUCUACAGUUUAUUAAACAAUAAGUUUAUUAUUACA